GUCACCCAGAGACACAAAAACAUCUGGUGACAUCCCUUCAACUGGUCUACACAGAAAUUUUUCAUUUGCCUCUGUUUUCAGGGAGGCAGAGGAGAGUCUGAGCUUUUGAAUACAUUGAAAAUCCUAACAAUGAAAGUCGGACUAUUUGUUGUCCUCUUUGUGGGGACAUUCAGUCUGGGUGUAUGGUCUGUCCCCCUUAAGUCAGUCUUUGUUGAAUUUCCUGGAGACACCAUCAGAAAUUUGACCAAUACAGAGCUUGCAGAGAAAUACCUGGAGCGUUAUGGCUACAUGAAUGUCCUGCACAAGAGUGGGCUGCAACCCGCGGUGUCUGCCUCGAAAGCUCUAAUAAGGAUGCAGAGGCAGAUGGGUCUUGAGGAGACCGGCAGACUGGAUGAGUCCACCAUUAACGCCAUGAAACAGCCACGAUGUGGCGUCGUUGACGUUCGUAACUACCAGACCUUUGAAGGCGACCUCAAAUGGAACAACAAGGACGUCACUUACAGGGUCCUGAACUACUCCCCUGAUAUGGAUUCUUCUUUGAUUGAUGAUGCAUUUGCCCGAGCUUUUAAGGUGUGGAGUGACGUCACACCUCUGACUUUCACACGGCUCUAUGAUGGCACUGCAGACAUCAUGGUUUCUUUUGGAAAGCUUGAUCAUGGAGAUCCCUACCCAUUUGAUGGAAAAGAUGGUCUUUUGGCACAUGCCUAUCCACCGGGCGAGGGUAUGCAGGGUGACGCCCACUUUGAUGAUGAUGAAUUCUGGACUCUUGGAGCUGGACCAGCGGUGAAGACCCUAUAUGGCAACUCAGAUGGUGCCAUGUGCCAUUUCCCCUUCACAUUUGAGGGUCAAACCUACACCAGCUGCACCACUGAAGGGCGCACUGAUGACCUGCCCUGGUGUUCAACGACAGCUGACUACGACAAAGACAAGAAGUUUGGCUUCUGCCCAAGUGAACUGCUCUACACAUUUGAUGGGAACAGCAAUGGAGCAGCGUGUGUUUUCCCCUUCGUGUUUCAGGGAGAGACAUACAAUGGAUGCACCACAGAUGGCCGCAGUGAUGGGUACCGCUGGUGCGCCACAACAAAUGACUUUGACAAAGACAAGAAGUACGGUUUCUGUCCCAGCCGAGAUACAGCCGUGAUUGGGGGGAACUCCGAGGGAGAGCCCUGCCACUUCCCCUUUACCUUCUUGGAGAAAACAUAUACUUCUUGCACCAGCGAAGGUCGCUCAGAUGGCAAGCUGUGGUGCGCAACUACAAGCAGCUAUGACAAUGACAAGAAAUGGGGAUUUUGCCCAGACAGAGGAUACAGUCUCUUCCUGGUUGCAGCACAUGAGUUUGGACAUGCCCUUGGACUGGAUCACUCCAAUAUUCAAGAUGCCCUGAUGUACCCUAUGUACAAAUACGUUGAGACAUUCUCCCUGCAUAAGGAUGACAUUGAAGGCAUUCAGUAUCUCUAUGGACCAAAUACUGACACCAACCCUACCAAGCCUCCCAAGCCCACAACCACAUCCCCACCUAGGCCUACUGAGACAGAACCCACUAGGACAACCACAAGCCCAACCACCCCACACCCUGUAGAUCCCUCAGCAGACCCAUGCCAAGUGGAUAUGUUUGAUGCCAUUACUGACAUCCAAGGACAGCUCCACUUCUUUAAGGAUGGGCAAUACUGGAAGAUGUCAGGCAAAGACCACAAAGACCUCAAGGGACCUUACCCAAUGGCUGAUAUGUGGCCUGCCGUGCCGGCUGUUAUUGACACUGUCUUUGAGGAUCACCUCACCAAGAAAAUCUACUUCUUCUCAGGCACUAGGUUUUGGGUCUACACCGGACAGAAUGUUCUAGGUCCACGCAACAUUGAAAAGCUGGGCCUUCCUAGUAGCCUGAGCCGAGUUGAAGGGGCUGUUCAGAGGGGCAAAGGAAAGGUUCUGCUCUUCAGUGGGGAAAACUACUGGAGAUUGGAUGUCAAAGCUCAGAUUAUUGACAAAGGAUACCCCCGUUUCACUGACCAAGUCUUUGGUGGAGUCCCUACAGAUGCUCAUGACGUAUUUAUCUACAAAGGCCAUACUUACUUCUGCCGUGGCCGUUUCUACUGGAGGGUGAAUUCUCGCCGGCAAGUGGACAGAGUGGGCUAUGUGAAGUAUGACGUCCUGAAAUGCCACACUGAGUACCGCUACUGAGAGACGUGUGCCCCCCUUUACAAUUGAGCCACUCAGGUUUCAGUCUUAUCUGUGAUCUGCUGGUGAAGAUUUCCAGCCCUUGGGAACUCUUGUCAACUUUGUCAUAGGAAAACAUGGCAAGAGCAAAAGCUCCGACCCGUUUGAGUGUCUCUCUGGUUUGAAAUUGAGAGAUUAUUGAUCAUGACCUUCUGUCUCAUGAAUGAUACAAAUCAACAAAUAACUGCCUUCCAAGGUCACUAUAGCAUAGGAUAUUUGUACAAGUUUGGAAGGCCUACUCAUCUUAAGAAUAUGGAAGAAUGCAUUGUGGGUAUCAGUGUUGUUUUAUUUUUAAAGAAGUAUUGUUAAGACUAAGGAUUUCCCAAGAUGUCCUAGCUGAAACCAACUGGAUACAUUUGAACCUCUGUUGGUUCUCUAUUUAAAGUUUGCCUGGUGCAAAUUGACCUCUCGAGUUCUGAUGUGAAGUUAUGUGGACUUAAAUUAUCUGAUUAUAUUAUUGUUUGUGUUGUUUUAUUUGAUGUUUGCACUUGUGAAUCUAAUGUUAAGACGCAAUAUUUAUAUAAAUCAUCAUGUUUUCAUUUUUCUAAGAGAUGAACCCAAUAAAUUAAAACAUUUGUUAUCAUA